CACCACCACCACGAAUCUCCUCCUCCCAAGACAACAAAGUACGAUCCUUAUUCGCAACAGCAUGCUCAUCUGAACUUCCGGAAUAUUUUACGGCUGGACUGCGAUAUCGAGCACGGGCCUCUGGAUCCGAAAGAUGCGCGUCGGUACCAUGAACCCUUGGCAUCUCACCACCAAAAGAAGAGUCUGCCUCGACAUGCUCUUGUCACCACCCACCAACUACCUUACCUACCUUAUAUGCAUAGCUGAUAGUACACGACUUUCGGUUGAUCAUCUCUUGUCGCGUCAAUUUUAUUGAUAUCAGCGCGGCUUGCAAUGUUAUGUAUACUCUCAAGCGAAGCCUCUUACAACUGCCACCAAUUGCCACCGCGGUAAUGACAUGAGGUUGCUGGACGUCCAAACCUCGACGAAACGUCAAUUUGGAUCGUUCCCGCAGGCCUGGGAACCCAAGAUUGAUGGCCGAUGGUUAUUAGGUAGGCAAUCAGUAUUGAUUGCUUCCGCUCUUGACACUGAUUAACCUCAUUAAUACCAGACAGGUCCGAGUACCACAGCACCACCAUCGACGCGGUUCACCACCACCACACAAACCCCAAUUUCUCCAACUCGCUUGUCGUCCCUUGCGUCUUGCGUCCUGUCCUUCAGUGCCCUUCUGAGUGCGGCUCCGAUUAAUCGCCAUGCUUAUUCCUCUCUUCGCUCACGGUACCUGUCUCUGUACCUGAAGCCAAGCUACUUUCGCUUCGGCUUUCGAUCCGUCAACUUCGCAUCCCCUGACUGGUUAUCUCUGUCUUUUACCUACACUUUCCGACACGUUCGCGAUGCACUUCUCCGUCUUUAAAUUAAACGGCAUAGGCACGCCAUUCCUACUCAGCGUUAUCUCGGGCAACGAAGCCGCCUUUCCAAUCGAGAGUUUGCUGGAUUGCAACUUGACCGGAACGAUUCAAAGAGCUUCCCGACCCCUCAUGGCACCCUCUUCAACGGUCCCCACAUCCAUCACGCCCCCAUGACCAACGCGCUCUUCCCUUCGUGGCUAAUAUGGAGCGUCGCCUCCGAGAUGACUUACACUCCGUUACAUCCAACACACGCUUUGCCCACACUUUGGCUGGCGGACUUUGCUCCUCGACACCAUGGAAUAUCGACGGUGGCCGUAGUCUGCUGCAUCUGCCAGCAAUUCAUGGCUCCAUGCCCAGCUUUAGAGACCUGGUCCAGCAUGCCGUUUACCAGGCGAUUCCAUGGUUCGAGACCCGUCCUUCGGAUGUCUCUUCCAUAUGCCCAUAGACCCAUGCUAACGAUGGCUCCCUCGGCUUGAUCUGCUUUCCUGACGCUUUUCUCAAUGGAGUAAUCAAGCUCAAGAUGCCGCUGCCUCACUCCGAGAUCGUGGGGCAAUGUUUCUCUCCCGCCGGCAACCCAGAAUAGGCCCAGCACACAUCCAUCCCGCCGUUCCGAAAGGCCAAGCGGUGUGUUCAAGAGAUCCGAGUCCUCAAGUCAGGUUGGCAACAUGAUAAAAGGACCAUGUCCCAGGUCGUUCAUCAUCAGCUCCAGACUUGCAACCCACGGACAUCAUCUCCUCUCCAGAGUCAAGCCAUUAUCCCACAACAGAAGCAACCAUGGCUGCUCGUGCGUUCCUCACUGCUGCCCUCUUGGGAACUGCAGCUCUUGCCGUUCCCAUCGAGGAGAGGCAAUCUUGCGGAGCCGUCUGGGCACAAUGCGGUGGCCAAGGCUUCACCGGCCCAACGUGCUGUGCUUCUGGCAGCACUUGCGUCGUCAACAACGCCUAUUACAGCCAGUGCUUGCCCGGCAGUGCUUCGUCCGCCAGCUCUGCUGCCGCUUCAUCAACUGUCCGCUCUAGCUCUUCCGCAGUCGUUAGCCCUUCCCGAACCUCGACAACCGCCGGGGCCGGUACCACUACCACGCAGGCCGGAACUGCCACCACCAGCGCUCCCGCGGUCACCGGUGGUGCGACCUACACGGGCAACCCCUUUGCCGGAGUCAACCUCUGGGCCAACUCCUACUACGCCUCCGAGAUUACAACUUUGGCUAUCCCGUCCCUGAGCCCUGCUCUGCAGACGGCGGCCGCCGCCGUUGCCAAGGUGCCUACCUUCAUGUGGAUGGACACCCGUGCCAAGAUUCCCUUGGUUGACUCCACGCUGGCCGAUAUUCGCAAGGCCAACGCCGCUGGCGGCAACUACGCCGGCCAAUUCGUCGUCUACGAUCUUCCCGACCGCGACUGCGCUGCUGCCGCCUCCAACGGCGAGUACGCCAUCGCUGACGGUGGUGUUGCCAAGUACAAGGAGUACAUCGACGCCAUCCGCACCAUGAUUCUCAAGUACUCUGACAUUCGCAUUCUCCUCGUGAUCGAGCCGGAUUCCCUGGCAAACUUGGUCACCAACCUCAACGUUGCCAAGUGCUCCGGUGCCCAGGCCGCUUACCUAGAGUGCACCAACUAUGCUGUCACUCAGCUCAACCUGCCCAAUGUCGCCAUGUACCUUGAUGGCGGCCACGCGGGUUGGUUAGGAUGGGCUGCAAACUUGGGACCCGCCGCGAACAUGUACGCCAAGGUCUACAAAGAUGCCGGUAGCCCCAAGGCUCUCCGUGGUAUCGUGACCAACGUGGCCAACUACAACGCAUGGAGCGUUAGCUCCCCGCCUUCCUACACCUCAGGCAACUCCAACUAUGACGAGAAGCACUACGUCGAGGCUCUCCAGCCCCUCCUCGCUGCUCAGGGAUGGGACGCUCACUUCAUCGUUGACCAAGGCCGCUCUGGUAAGCAGCCCACCGGCCAGUUGGCUUGGGGUGACUGGUGCAAUGCCAUCGGCACCGGUUUUGGUCUUCGUCCCUCCACCAACACAGGCUCGUCUCUUGUUGAUUCCUUUGUCUGGGUGAAGCCCGGUGGUGAGAGUGACGGCACUUCCCUCACUACCGCCACUCGCUACGACUACAACUGCGGCAAGGAGGACGCUCUGAAGCCCGCCCCUGAGGCCGGAACUUGGUUCCAAGCCUACUUCGAGCAGCUCCUCGUAAACGCCAACCCAGCCUUCUAAGUGCUGUUCAAUUUCUUCUGCAUACAUGGCCCCG